UUUGAAACCAGCUUUUAUGAUUGGAUUUCCCACGCUUCCAUUUGUCCAAUAUCUCUGUGUAGCGCAGGCGCAGCUCUAGUAAUAUGGGAAGCACAGUAAAUUUUAGGUUGUGGGUCAUAAUGGGAACAUGCAUUCUGUAUUGUUCUUGUCAAAAUGGUAUUGUUAAUGGGGCAGAAUUGGCAGCUCCUCCACCUUUGGAGCGACGAGCUUCUUCUUGCGGUCCUGUGUUGCUGAUGAACUGCAUUGGGUCUCAGAAGAGUCACCCCUCUGAUAAAUGCUGCGCUGCUCUCAGAAAUCUUACAGAGGAUAAGUGCUUUUGUUCUCGCCUGCGUGAAGGUGUGGUGGAUCCUUCUACUUACACCCCAAUUGCCCAAGCUUGUGGUAUUCCUACAGCUGUUUCUGCGAAAUGUAAACGAACCAAGCUGUAGCCAGGAAGGCAGCGGAGAGACCAUAUAAACAUAGCAUAGAGGUGUCAUAUCCAAGAUCUAUAUAUGCAUAUUUGGAACUAGAAUGAUUGUAACUUUCUGUAUAGAAUAUCAUUAAUUUUGCAUACGCAAAGCAAAAGAGCGCCUAACAGUAAAGAUUUUUCACUACACUAUGGGAAAGCUCUGUGUCGAACAGGCAGUAAGGUCAUGUCAGACACAGUCCUAUCUGUGCGUGUGCAGUACUAUCUACUUUGUAUGAUCAUGCUGGUGUACAAUGAUUUUUGGCGUUCCCCGGCAGCUUUUGGCUUGAAGGAUGAUGUCUAUUUUGUAGUAAAUUAGUUUAAGCCAUUUAAUAGUACUAUUGAAAACUCUC